AUGGAGUUGAUCUGCUUGGAGGGCUCUCCGUGGAGUGCCAAAGUGCUGUGGAUCCUGGAUGCUUGUUCCAUCAAAUUUCAGAAGCGCCCCUUUGAGCCUUUCGUGGACGAGAUUUGGCUACGUUACAAGCUGGGGCUGUGGCCGUGGCAGAGGCGGUACUGGACUCGGCUCACAGUGCCCAUUGCCAUCGUGCAGCCCGAAGGUGCGAACACUGGGGGCAGCGGUUCAUGCGUCCUCACUGAAUCGAUGGACAUUGCGGAGUGGGCCUUGCGCAAUGCUCCGGGGAAGGAGCCGCUGACAGAUGCGACUCUUCUAAAGCUUCGCUACUGGAAUGAUCUGAGCGACGUCAUUCUCCAGUUUGGCCGGGCCGCAUUUGUGGAAGCUGCGAAGAGGGACAUCCGUGUGGCCAUCGAGGUUCUAUCACCCCCUUGGAUGAAGAGGCUGCCGCACUUUCUCACCAAGCUUGUAAUGACCUUUGCCUUGAGGGUCUUUGCUAUGAAGUAUCGGCGCGAGAAUGCCCAGAGUAAACAGGAAGCUGUCAUGGAUGCAGUCAAGCGCAUUCGAGCAGCGCUCAAGGAGGGCGGCGGCCAGUACUUGGUGAAUGACAGGUUUUCGUAUGCCGACAUUGUGAUGUCCAUUGCGUUGAACUUCUUGGUGCCCAGCGAGGGAGUCAUGCUCUUCUCAAUACCGAAGAAGUACCAGACGGAUGCUGCGGAUCCUCUGCAAGAGUUCGACGAUGUGAAAGCCUACAAGGCCGCAAUGUUUCAGAAUCUCCCACAGGUUCUGAGGAUUCCGUAG